AUGGAAGAGACCAUUUCUCCAGAGAUGGAAUUUUUAGGAUCUGCCUCUGAUGCAUUAUGCAUUGCUCAGGCGCGGAGGAGACAAGUCUAUGAUGACAACUCCAUGUACAAAUCCAAGAACCUCCAUGCUGAGAGACGAAGGAGGCAGAAACUCGGUGAUAGGCUGUUGGCUCUGCGUUCAUUAGUCCCCAUAAUUACCAAUAUGAACAAAGCAACCAUAGUUGAGGACGCCAUUACUUACAUCCAGAUGCUGCAGAGGAAUGUCAAGGUUCUUAGCGACCAGCUUCUAGAAAUGGACUCAUUAUCCGUGCAAGAGGAUGAGGAGCCAACAAGAGAUGAGAUCAAUGCUUCAGAGCAGAUGAAAAAAUACGGAAUAAAGGAAGAUGUUAAGGUGACCGGUAUUGAUGGGAAUAAACUUUGGAUAAGGGUUGUGUUUGAGAAGAAAAGAGGUGGAAUCACUAAAUUUUUGGAGGCCUCGACUUCCCUUGGCUUUGAACUUACUGACACCAAUGUUACUACCUCUAAAGGAGCGAUUCUCGUUUCAUCCUGUUUCAAGGGGAUUUAUGGCAAUGCGCUUGGAGUGGAGCAGACCAAGAAGUUGCUUCAAGAGAUCAUUAGAAACAUGUAG